CCUCGUAUCUUUCUUGCCUUCCUCUUUUAUUUUUAAUCAAAAAGGACGCUUUAUUGCCUUCCUGGAGUAGUAUUUUUUUUAAGUAUUAGUAAAGUAAAGUACUAUCUCAUCAUCAUCAUCGCACUUUGCUUUAAAUUAUAGCUCGAGGAUAAUCAAACAUCUUACUGCGGAAAAAAAAGAAGCCUAAAGAAAAUAGAUAAAGAGAAAAAUAGUACAAUGAAUUGUCCCAGAGAUUGGCCAGAACCCAUAGUCCGAGUGCAAUCUUUAUCAGAUAGUGGAAUCUCCGAAAUUCCAGAAAGAUAUGUGAAGCCGCCAACGGACAGACCAAUAUCAUUAAGUAGUUCCUCCCAGAGUGAUGUGAACAUCCCAAUCAUCGAUCUUCAGGGAUUAUUCGACAAUGAAAGCAAAAGUUUUAGUGGCCUUAAAUCAUCGUUGAUAUAUGAGCAGAUAUCAGAGGCAUGCCGGAACUGGGGUUUCUUCCAGGUGGUGAACCAUGGUGUUCCUCCUGAGCUCAUGGACCAGGCAAGAGAAGUAUGGCAAGAAUUCUUUCACCAGCCCGUGGAAAUGAAGCAGUGUUACGCCAAUUCACCAAAGACUUACGAGGGCUAUGGCAGCCGCCUUGGUGUUGAGAAAGGUGCCAUUCUUGAUUGGAGUGACUAUUAUUUUCUUCACUAUCUUCCUUGUUCCUUCAAGGACCACAAAAAGUGGCCUGCUCUUCCUGUUUCUUUAAGGGAAGUGAUUGAAGAGUACUCAAAACAAGUGGUGAAUUUUGGGGGGCGUUUAAUGAAGGUAUUAUCAGCAAAUCUUGGAUUAAGUGAGGAUUACUUGGAAAAUGCAUUUGGAGGAGAAGAUAAUAUUGGAGCAUGUCUAAGGGUUAAUUUUUACCCAAAAUGUCCACAACCAGACCUUACAUUAGGCCUUUCGCCACAUUCUGAUCCUGGUGGAUUAACCUUUCUCCUCCCUGACCAGCACGUCGCCGGCCUUCAAGUUCGCCACAACGGGCACUGGAUUACUGUAAAACCAGCUUCACAUGCUUUCAUUGUCAAUAUUGGUGAUCAAGUUCAGUUCAACCAUUCCUAUCUCGUAUAUCCGUGAAGGACUGUGACUAUCUUGCUCUGUCAUUAAUCCAUGGAAGAAGAAUAGGGUGGGUUAGUGAUGAGUUGUGCUAUGAAUUGGGGAACGGGUGGAGUUUUGUUAAUUUUAUACAAUUAGUUUUUUUUUUUUUUUUUUUUGGUUUGUAUUGAAGAAAUGAAUGUAUUUCAAUUUGGUGUUGAUUCUUGGUGUUGUUCAUACGUGAAUGUUGAAGAGAUCAAUUUUAGCCAAUUAGUUUUCUUUUCUUUUUGUUUCUUCCUUCUUGCUGAGACAACAAUGGUGACUUCUUUAUUGGAAAAGACAACAACUAAAGAAAAGAAAAAUUAAAAAGUUAAAGAAAAAGUGGGAC